GCCCGCUCGACGGCAGUCGCUGCUGCGUGUCAGAGCGCGAUAGCCGCAGCAGGUGCGCGCGAGUUCUUCCCGUCCUCGUCGUCGCGCGCUACACACUAUACAGUGUAAUAAAACUUGUGUAUCUUCCUCCUCAUCUCUCUUCGCCGCCGUUAGUGUGUCCUCUCUCUACCUCUGCAGCGUACGUCCCGAUACAUGUGCUAGCACUCGGCUUUCGAAUUUCCCGCGAAUUUCCCGCGUCGCAGCAGGAGUCGCUCACUGAUCUCCCAGGAGAAGAGGCAUAGAGCCGCCGCAACUCACGAGUAUAGAGCAGAGAUGAGGGACGCGACGAAUCAUCACCGCCAGACUGAGAUCCUUCCGUGGACGAGGCUACUGCUGCUGCUAUGAAGCUGAGUAGAACGAGAGUUUUCGACACAGAGAGGAGAUAGGACUCUUGGAAGAGACUUUUUGUUUUGGAGGAAGAGCCGAUUGAUUAAGAAACGCGAAACCCCCGUGAGAGCCGUCGCCGACAGGAUGUACCGUCCGAAUUUCUACGAGAGCACGUGUCUGCGCUGCCAGCAGACGGUGUACCAGGUGGACCGAGUGGGUCCCUUGAAAGACUUCACCUUCUUCCACUCGGGCUGCUUCAAGUGCGCGAUAUGCGGCACCAAGCUCACCCUAAAGACGUACUACAACAACCAGCACACGAUCAACGACAAGGAGGUCUACUGCAGCAGUCACGUGCCGAAACCCGGGCCGGGAACGCUUGAUGGAUCGAGCGUCGGUAUCAGGAGUGCGCUCAACGUGCCCAGGAGUGGAUACGUCAACGAGCAGAUCAGGGCUGGUGGCUCGCCCAGACCCGUCUAUCCGCACUGCUACGACAGCGCGGAUUCACCGGGUCACGGACGCCACAUGAACGGCCACGGGCUGUCAUCGCCGAGCAACAACCACCGCGACAAUCACCACGGAAGUACGCCCUCGCCCAACAAUCACCACCACAAUCACAGCUUCAACAACGACGGUUACCAGUACGGAAGAUUCGACGCCAGCGCCCUGCACAUCGCUCACGCGCUCAAGCAGACCGAACUGCAGAAGGGCUACAGCAAAGCCCGCGAGAAACCCAUCGACUUCUAUUUGGACAGAGACGAGCAGACGCGUCUGGAGAUGAAGCACCGCAAGGAGGAGGACGACCUUUACCGGAAAUUCGCGCACCAUCGCGAGGAGGAGGAUCGCCGAAUCCGCGAGGAGUUCCGGGACGAGUGGGAAAAGGAGCUGGAACAAUUGUCGGAGAAGUGGGAGCGCGAGCGCGGCGGCAAGCUGAGGGCCCAGCAGUUCCAGCAGGAGAAGGACGACCUCGAGAAGAACAUGACGCUCCGCAGGGACAAGAAGAAGGAGAGCCUCACCCGCAAGAUGCUCGAGCACGAGCGGGCAGCGACGGCCGCACUGGUGGAGAAGCAGAGCUCGGAGAUGCUGGAGCUGAUAAACGAGGCGCGAAGCGAGUACAUGCAACAGGAGAGUCUCUACCUGGACGAGGGCGUCGAGUACAUGCACGGCGCGCCUCCGUCGCCCUACCCGUCCAGGGCGCCAGCCCCGCAUCCACCCGCCCUCGCCAAGUACCAUCUCUACAACGACCCGCUCGAGUUCGCCGAUAUCGACCAGAUCGCCAUCUCCGUGGCGCAAGAGGACCAGAAGACCUUCACCGACCUGGUUCGCCAGCUGGUCAGCAAGUGCGGCUCGGACAUCGAGAAAGCUCGCACGAUCUUCCGCUGGAUAACGGUGAAGAACCUCAACACCAUGCAGUUCGACGACAAUCUACGCGGCGACACUCCCAUGGGUCUUCUUCGAGGCAUCAAACACGGCACCGAGUCUUACCACGUGCUGUUCAAGCGACUCUGCAGCUACGCCGGUCUUCACUGCGUCGUCAUCAAGGGCUACAGUAAAUCCGCCGGCUAUCAGCCUGGUGUCAGGUUCGAGGACAAUCGAUUCCGGAACAGUUGGAACGCCGUUUACGUCGCUGGCUCCUGGAGGUUCGUUCAGUGUAACUGGGGAGCGAGACACCUGGUCAAUGCCAAGGAGGUGCCGCAUCCUGGCCAGCCUAAGGAGAAGAGCGACAGUUUGAGAUACGAGUACGACGAUCACUACUUCCUUACGGAUCCGCGGGAAUUCAUAUACGAGUUCUUCCCACUGCAGGAGGAGUGGCAGCUCCUCAAGCAGCCCAUUUCGCUCAAAGACUUUGAGGAAUUGCCUUUUGUUCGCUCCCUCUUCUUCAGGUAUGGGCUGUACUUCCCUGACACCAAUACCAACGCCGUUAUGUAUACUGAUGCAACUGGUGCCGCGACGGUGAGGAUAGCGAUGCCGGCCAACAUGCAAUCUUCCCUGAUUUUCCAUUAUAAUCUCAAGUUUUAUGACAGCGACGGCGACAAUUACGACGGCGUGUCCUUAAAGAGAUUCGUUAUGCAAUCCGUUGUUGGAAACCUCGUAGCCUUCCGCGUACACGCUCCUUGUUCCGGUGCUUUCCUGUUGGACGUUUUCGCGAACGCUGUAACGCCCAAGGAGUACCUCACGGGUGAGCCGAUGAAGUUCAAGAGCGUCUGCAAGUUCAAGAUUUCCUGCGAGGAGCUGCAGACGGUGAUGGUGCCGCUGCCCGACUGCGCGAGCGGCGAGUGGGGACCAACCAAGGCUACCAGACUCUUUGGGCUUGUGCCUAUCACCCACCAAGAAGCACUGGUGUUCGCCGGUCGCGAACUCGAGAUCCAGUUCCGCAUGUCGCGCUCGCUGACGGAUUUCAUGGCGACGCUGCACAAAAAUGGCAUAGAGGAGAAGAGGUUGUCCAAGUACGUGAGCCACACGGUCACCGACGACGACGUCGUCACCUUCACGAUAAACUUUCCCGAAGAGGGUCAGUAUGGCCUGGACAUUUACACGCGCGAAUCGACGACGCCUACGCAUCAUGACGCGUCUGGCGAGAAGCACUUGCUCACACACUGUUGCAAGUACCUCAUCAACUCGAGCAAAAGGAAUUGAGGCUCUGACUUUCUCUCCAGACUUUUACAAUAUAUUCCGAAGAUUUUGGAAGUGUUUCGCAGACCUGAUAUAGAAAUCAAGACUUAAUUAGACAUUUCACGAUGAAGGCCGUACACUUUACAGUUACCUCUCAAUCCAGUGGCAGGAGUACUUAACUCAAGUAACUUAAUUUUUACCUCCACUAAAGCUCUAGGAUUACUUUUUACCGCAAUACACUUCGAGAAUUUUGUAAGCAAAGUUUUUUCCGAAAACGCUUUUUACGGAUAAAGAUGAUAUUUAUGUAUUUUUAAAAAGAAAAUAUUUUUCUAUGUACAAAAAAUACUUCUAUAUAUUCCAGAUAAUUAUAUAUAUAUAUAUAUGUGUGUGUGUGUAUUCCCUCAUACUUUAAGUAGAUGGAAGACUUUAAUCGAGUUUGUAUCACUUUUAGACAGAUAUUGAAACGUGGGACUAAUGGUCUAAACAGAUAGACCAUGUAAAUAUUUUUAUACAGAUUGAUAUAUAUGAUGAUUCUCUAAGAAAUGUUGUAAACUUUCGAAGGAUAUCUGAAUGUUUUCUUAAUUUUUAUAAAGUUCCACUCGCUAAACAGCUAAAAGAUGUAAAGAAUGGUACUUAUCGAUGUAUUAACAAAUUUACUUUUAAUAUAGAUAUAUAUUUAUUACUAUGGACCUGCUUACUGCAACAAUACUACUAAUUUUAAUUUGCUUUAAGAUUUUAUACUUCUGGAUCAUGCAGGUUUUAAUGAUAACGCACUCAAAUUUUGUGUUAUUUACAUUCACAGUUUCUUUAAUAUAAUUUUCAUGCCGCGAUAGAUUAUCGCUGGUUUGUACAUAGCACACGGUUGUGUAUUUUUCACAAAUAUUCUUACACUUAUGUGACGCUCUAAAAUUAGACUGCAGACUGAAAAUAACGUCACAAUUCCUGCCUCUAAAGUAAAAAUUUUUCUCAAAGAAUGAAUGCUUUUACAAAUAUAUAAAAAUGAUUAAGUUCUAUGUCACAGAAAUUCAUUAAGUUUCUACACAAUAAAAGCCUAAGUGACUUCGCAAAAUAUUACAUUUAUGAGAGUUCAUUCGAUGUUGUAUCACACAGUAACAAAUCAUAUAAAAAUAACUAUUCAUAUACGAGAGCUGUAUCAAGGAUUUGCCGUCGGUUCCUCAGAAGAACUUGUUCUUUGCGUAUAAAAUUGUUCGCCAAACCAUUCUCUGUGCAUUUCCAAAUAACUGAAAUAUAUUUAAUGUAUUUUAAAAUAAUCGUUUUAUGCAAUGUAUCAUAUAAGAUGUAUUAAUAAAAUGAAAAUUAAAAUGGCUUUUAA